CAGGAAGAAGAAGAAGCAGCCUCAGCCUCAGCAGCAGCAGCAGAAGAAGACGAAGGAGACGAAGAAGAAAAACAAGAGGACGACGACGACGGAGCAGCAGCAGUAGCGCAGUAGCGACUACAGGGGGCGCACUUUCAGCUAGAGCUCACUCUUAUCUUCAGUUCAACAUGGCGCUGUACGGGAGAAAGGUACUUGCUGUUGGACGCUGCGCAGUCAGCUUGCUGAGCACUGCCAUCAGAACACGUCCGACACUUAUGAGGCUGCCAUCAAUAAUCAGGAGGAACUGGAUUUCAGUCGGCAUCUCUGGAGGCCUGUGCGCCGUUCCCUUUGUACAGGACACUGUAUCCCAUGAAGCCUUAAUCCGUAGAGCCUCAUCUCUGGUGACCGACAGUGCCAAUACUUUUCUGUCUCAAACCACGCUGGCACUAGUGGACUCACUCACACGGUAUACUAAGGCAAUGCAUUCCCUUAUAACUCUACACAAGCGCUAUGUGGCGAAUAUCAACAGACUAAAUCCUGCAGAUGAGAAUGCAGUGUGGGAGGUGAUAGUUCACCAGCGUGAGGAGCUCAUCAAAUGUAGGGAAGACUGCAAACAAUUUGAAAAAAACUGGAUGAGUGCAAUUACGUUAUCACAGCUGGCAGCUGAAGCAGCUUUUAAUGCAGGAGCUGACCAGGCUUCAGCCACAGCACAAACUAACCUGGAGAUAGCAAAGUCUCAUGUAGAGCAGGCUCGACAGCGCUCCCUUGAGGCAGAACAGGAACUAAAAGACAGCAAAGCAGAAUUCAGCCAGAGGCUCCAGCGCACUUCACCUGCAGUGGCAGAAAACGAGGAAGAAAUUCCAGAGGCUUAUCAGAGAGAGGACUAGUGGCGAGUAGCAUUUUAUAAAGACACAUGCAGCUCUUCAUCUGCACCACUCCAAUCUUAAGAGCUGUUUCUGUGUCUGCAACGGAGACGUUUUUGCACAAUGUUUUUAAUGAUAACUUUCUAAUGAAAAAUAUAAUGACGCACAACAAGAGAGCGUAACGUACAAUGGGCAAGAGAAACAGCAGUGAAAAGCACAGUUGGCAAGCCAUUCUUAGACAUAUUUAUAUAUUAUUACAUUUUUUUUGGUAUUCAUACUAAUUUGGUUUAGAGAUGCAAUCAAGAUCUUAAAAAUCAUGUCUUGAACUGUAAUAUUCAUGCAAUGUAGAAGAACCCAUAAGUUGCAAUUUGCAAUAUUGCUAUGCACUGGAUCUUUUCUUUGUUUCAGGCUUCUGUUUCCAGUUAUCUGGCCGGGAAAUUAGCUCCACCUCCAGCUUUUUAGCUCUGCCACUUUCCUUUAAAGCCAAAUGUAGUUUCCACAGAGUGGGGUGGGGUCAUUUGGGGGAAAGUUGAAGCCUCAUGCUUUCAUUGUAAAGGAGUAGAGGGCUCUUAAAAAUUACAAACUGCCCCUUUAAUGUCAGUCCAAUAACCUUUCAUACUGUAGUGUUACCUGAAGCCUUUACUCCUUUUAUCUGCAGUGUGUGUGUGUGUGUGUGUGUGUUUGAGUGUUUGACAGAAAUUUUGGAGUCUUGGCUCUUGUUAAACACUGUAUUGUAUAUGCUGAAUAAAGAAACUGUUGUCUACUACAUUUAAAUUAAAGCUGUAAUCAGCAGAUUUGAGCAUUUCCUUUUUAGAAGUUAAUGGUUGUUGAUAAUCCGCUUAAUCCAAUAAUUGGAUUGUGAAGAAUAUGUUUGACUAAUAUUUUAAUUUGAAUUAAAAUACGGGUAAAAUGGGAAUAGUUUUGCUGAUCUGUUGAACUGUUUGUUGUGUCACAUGGUGCAGUGUCUCAAUGAGUGUACAUUUUCUGAAUUGUGUGAAUAUGUGAACUGUAAUUGAAUUUAUGCUUAAUCUUUUUAGCAAGUUCAUAAGAAACACUUGUGAAAUGUUGAUACAGAGUCACACACUCAACAAAUAUUAGUAUUCUGUCAUUUUCACUGUGUAAUGUUUUAUGACUUUUAAUUAAAAAAAACUAUUGCUAACAUU